AAUCCACACUUAAGUGUUUUGUCAUUGUCUUUACUCUUUGACUUCAAUUUGAAAAAAAAGGUGAGCCAACUGUUUACAACUGGACCUUUAAAACACUGGGUGAGCAGAACGUCAUACAAGAUUUACCACGAGACAGCAAGAUGCAACGUUUGACUGUCACGAUUUGCCUCCUGUUGCUGUUCCUCCAUCAUCUGACUUCUGUUGAGGAGGAUCAGAGCGUGCCGGUGGGGGUGAUUGUUGACAGCUCGCCCUGCAGCGCCACCUGUGGGCUGGGCUUCAAAACUCAAACCGUUUGUCUGAUGAAAGAUGGCGAGAAAGCCACAGAAGAAGUGACCAGCAGAGAUGCAACGGAGGUGUCGGAGGAUUGCCGUGUCCGUAAGGUAAAGUGUCUGGAGUCGUGGCAGUGUGGACUCAGCACCAUGACUGUGACUUCAGGACAAAGAGUGGAGGUUGAUUGUCUGGGAGAAGUCUUGGAGGCCAUGGGGAGGUUCUCCUGGAGGGUGUCGUGGCGUUACGCCCGAGGAAUAGUCACUUCUGAUGACUCUCUGUUUAUCCGCUGGGAUGCUCCGCUGCUGGAUCGAGUGAUUCUCAACCCCGUCAAGGAGGAGGACGCAGGUACUUAUUGUUGCACCGUGCAGGACGUCGCUCUACGCAGGGUGAAGAGGGCUUACUGGGGGAUCCGGGUUUUGCCUGCCGGGGUUCUCAAUCUGGACUACGAAAGCUCUCAGGCCCGGUGGGAGUCCACUGGAAACCGGCAGAAUGACACCGUGUCACACCAACACCACUACUUGACGGCUCUUCUCUACAAAUUGGUGAUCAGUUUGAGCCUGUCAAGCGCAGCUGUUGCAUUGGUGCUGCUCCUCUACUGGGCAGUGAGGAGGGACAACCGGAAAUUGAACAGAUGCUGUUUUUGCAUCCCUCGGCGCAUAGACAAUUAAACUUAUGUUCCACGUG